AUGAAUAUAUUUCCCCCCAUCUCCUCAGUGAAUUUCAUAAAGAAGAGUCAAAUCAUCAUUCAAAGAAUGAAAAUGACUAUUAUAAAGCAAAUUGUGGAUGAGCUAUUUGUGUAGAAUGCUCUGAAUUAAGAAGAAGUAAACAUCAUUUGCUGUGAGAAGGUCCAGCAGGAUGCUGGGAGAAGGAUCAACCACAUGACUUUGAAGAUGGCCUCCCAAUCCUGUAACCUCGAUCUCAAAUCCCUUGAAAAAUGAAAAUGUCCUUUUCAGGAUUUGAAUGGACAAAGUAAGUACCAAUUUUCCUCGGAAAGUCUGACAAACCUGAAGAAGAUGAGUUUACUUCAUAUGACCCACUUGUCUGAUAUCGGGAAGGGAAUGGAUUACAUAGUAAAUCUGUCAGCUGAACCCUGUAACCUUGAAGAAAUCCAAUCAGUUUCCUGCUGCCUGUCAGCAAACACCGUGAAAACCCUAGAUAACUCUCAGAAUCUUCACAAUUUGGCCAAACUGAGCAUUCUUGACUUAUCUGAAAAUAACCUGGAAAAGAACUGCUCUCUGAUUCUUCAUGUUGAUAGGCUGCACAUCCUGGAACAGCUAACUGUGCUGAUGCUGCCCUGGUGUGACAUAUGAGUUAGCCUGACCAGGCUGUUGGAAAGUGGAGGCCUCCUGCUCCAGUUUGUCAAGGUUGGGCUGAAAAACUGGAAACUCAAGAUGCCAAGAUUAGGUGCAUUUUUUGAAAAGAAUCCUCUGAAAAAUUUCCAGCAGUUGGAUUUGGUGGGAAAUUGUGUGAGCAGUGACGGAUGGCUUGCCUUCAUUAAUAUACUUCAGAAUCUCAAGCAAUUAGUUUUUUUUUUUUUUUUUCACUUCAGUACUACAAGAUUUUUGCCUGCUGCAGCAUUAGUCAGGAAACUUAGCCAUGUGUGGUUGAAGUUAACUUUGCAAAAAGGUAGGCUUGUUGGGUAGCAGUUUGAUGAUGAUGUUAUUAGUGUUAUUAAGGUCAAAUGCCUGAACAGGGUUGCAGAUGUUAAAGACAAUGACCAACUCCUCACCAUGCAAAAGUUGGGACAUGGUCACUUAUUACAGGAUGACUAG